GAUGCAAAGAUCUGCAUCUUCGCUUGUCAAGAUCCUAAAUAUUGUCUUCUGCAUCUCUGGGACAUAUUGUCCUACAACGUCAAUAUGCUGUCACUGUGGGCAGGUGCCAUCUUAAUCUUCGGAUAUAUCACUAUUCAAGGCCUUCUUUCGCCGUUAUCAAAGAUACCAGGGCCAUGGUAUACGCAUUUCACAAGUCUAUGGAUCAAGUAUCAAGAAUUUACUGCCAAUCGACGCGAAUCUAUCCACCGAUUGCAUAAGAUCUAUGGGCCGGUCGUCCGACUCGGACCUAAUGAGGUAUCAUUCACGAGCCUGGAUGCUAUCAAGGAGAUCUAUGCCUCCAGUGGAAGUGGGUAUGAUAAGACCGAGUAUUAUGAUCUGUUCAGGCAGUUCCGGAUUAAGACGAUGUUCUCUACUUUACAGAAAGAUGAGCAUAGCAAGAGAAAACGCCUCUUUGCGGAAAGAUAUGCCAUGUCCAAUAUUAUGAAAGAAAAGCCCAUGGCCGCUAUCCACGAACGAGCCACGACAUUCGUGUCCAAGUGUGCCGAAGCCGGUCAGAAGAGCGUGGAUAUCUAUUCCCUACUCCACUGCUACGCCCUCGACUGCGUAACCCAUUUCAUGUUCAGCCCCGGCGGUCUCAAAUCCCUCGACAACCCCAAAGACUAUGAAAUCAUGCACGAAUUAACCUACCACCAAAGCCUACAGAAAAACCUCCUGGAAUACUACCUCCCAUCCAUUUCACCCUACUUCCCAACCUUCCUACACCCCCGCAGCGCCCCCAAAGCAAACGUAUACGUCCAAGAAAGCGCAUCCAUUGCCACCCACGAUCCCCACAGCCUAAUCGAAAAACUGACCCGCAAAGAAUCAAACCUGACAAUAAUGCAAGCAGCAGCAGAAUGCAAAGACCACAUGGCGGCCGGAAUCGACACGACAGGCGACGGCCUCUGUUUCCUAAUGUGGGAAUUAUCCCAGCCACCAAACCAACCAUUCCAGCAGCGCCUGCAUCAGGAACUGGUUUCGGCGCCUGCUGAUGCUCCGCUUGAUAGUUAUGUUUACCUUGAUGCUGUUAUCAAGGAGGCUUUGCGUUGUGCGCCUCCUAUUCCUAUGUCUUUGCCGAGAUAUGUUCCGACGGGUGGUCGGGUUAUUGAUGGGGUUUUCGUGCCCGGUGGUGUUAUUGUUGGGUGUCAGCCUUAUUCUGUGCACCGGGUUGAUGAGGAUGUUUUUCCUGAGCCUGACCGAUUUUGGCCGGAGAGGUGGCUCGUUGAACCGGGUGCUGCCGAGAGGAAUAGGCUUUUCUUUGCUUUUGCUACGGGUGGUAGGGGAUGUACUGGGAAAAAUCUUGCACUUGUUGAGAUGAAGAUGCUUCUUAGGGAGGUUUAUUCGAGGUUUAGGACUACGGUUGCUGCGGAUAUGACUGCUUCUAUGAAAUUGGAUGAUCAGAUUAUUUCUUCGAGGCCUAAGGGGCAGAGUUGUAGAUUAACUUUCACUGCUGUUGACAAGAGUUAG